AGAGAUUGGCUCAACGGGCAAACAGCGCCCCCGCAUUCCUUUGGCAACAGCUCCGUUCCGCAUCGUUGGCAUCAUGGGCGACCAACAUCAAGUCCAUGUGUGGGAGAACACCUACAUCAUGCAGCCCAAGGACAAUGAGAAGAUGCUGCCUUCGAAAGUCACUGCGGUGAUCAAGAACGUCAUGGAAAGCUACUUGCAGGACAAGGAGUAUGCCGCUGAAGAUGCCAAAGCGUGGACAUUGGACUUGAGCAAUGAAAUCAAGGCCUCCGUCAAGCAGGAUUUGAACAUCCCACGAUAUAAGAUCAUUGUGCAGGUGAUUAUUGGAGAACAGGCAUCGCAGGGCAUCCGUGUGGCCUCCAAGUGCCUUUGGGAUGUGAAUUCGGAUAAUUGGGCCUCGCACACUUUCCAGAACCAGUCGCUCUUUGCCGUAGGCAUGGUCUUCGGCUGCUACUAUGAGUAGAUGACCCAGACAGCCUCUGAGCGCUUUGUUUCACAUGCUUGUACACCGCGAGGCUGGAGACGUUGACAUCAAGGAUUUA